GUUUCUUAAGUUUUCUGUAUAUUUUCCACAUCUCAACUUGAAUACAAAAAACAUACAUGUAUACAUUCCUCAAUAUUCCUAUUUAAAAAUAAACAAACUAAAUGCCGUUUUCUACUCAAUUUACUCAAUAUUUCUCUUCAUUUUAACUAUUCUUGACCAAAUUGAACUUCAGCAGUUUUUUCACGUCUAUAUAAAAAGAUGUCGGACUCUAUAGACCAUGAACCGUGGUCUUGGAAGCCGCUUUUGAAGAGAAAGCACGAUACCGGUAAUAAAAAAGAUGAAGAGGGAGAUGACGAAUGUCAAUUGUCAAAGUAUUAUAGGAUCGAUACUGUUGAAAUGCCGGACAAUAUUAUUAAGUGCCAAAUCGGACCCUGUCAAAAGGUUUUCUCCUCCCUAGUUGAAUUCGAAGCCCAUUAUAAUACACGCCACAAAAACGUAUGCUGUGAAUGUAAACGUUACUUUCUCUCCGAACACGUUCUUAACAUUCAUAUAGCAGAAUGGCACGAUCCAUUUUUUGCUGUAAAAUUCGAAAAUGGAAUUGAAAAACUGUGUUUAAAUAAGCCUCAAGCAUACAAAUACCCUCUUAAUAGAAUGUCUAAGAAAGGAGAAAUAGAAGAAACCUACAGAUUAAGAUGUAUAUGGGAAAGGGGAUUUACGUCGGGCUAA